AUGGCAGAUCCUGCAGUUUUAAGAGAUAUAUCAAUUAAGACAGGUGUCGUGAAACGACUGGUAAAAGAAUUAUGUUAUUAUGAGAAAGAAGAAGAAAAGUCAGUGAUCAAAUUGCAAGCAAUGCAAGGUAGUAGCGAUGCUGAUGAACAUGUUGUUAAGAAACAAAUUGAAUUAAUUCAGGAAACGAAACAAAUGAUACCAGAAUGUGCCCGACGGUUGAUGAAUUCGGUUGAAAGUUUGAAAAAGGUGAUUAGUGAGCAUGAAGCGAUAUUACAAAAUACACCAGAAUAUAUUGCUGCUAUAGAGCAAAUUAAAACUGGUACAGAAGAAUACUUAAAGAUUAAGGAAGCAACACGGGAAGGUUGA